AAUUAUUGGCGUAGAAGUGGUUGACUGAAGUGAUUGCGUGGUCUCUCAAUCCAAAACUCAACACAUUUUCAGUGUUUUGUCGAUACAUUUGAAUCACUUGUGAAGCACUCAUUGAUUGUCCUGAAGAAUGGCUGUCGGAAAGAAGGCAUUGACGAGAGAGGAAGAACUUCUUCUGCAGGACUUCAGCCGAAACGUGUCCACGAAAUCUUCGGCUCUCUUUUACGGCAAUGCAUUCAUAGUGUCGGCGAUUCCUAUCUGGCUGUUUUGGCGCAUCCAUCAGAUGGACUUGUAUUCAUCGGUAGUGGUGUUUGUGUUGGUGUCAGCGAUCACCACAUGGUUGGUGUCGUUCGCCUAUAAGAACAUAAAGUUUGUUUUGAAGCAUAAGAUCGCGCAGAAGAGGGAGGAGGCGGUGGCCAAAGAGGUGAUGCGCGGCAUCGGAGACGACAAGAAGAUGACGAAGAAGGAGAAGGACGAGAGGGUGCUCUGGAAGAAGAACGAAGUGGCCGACUAUGAGGCCACCACUUUCGCCAUCUUCUACAACAACGCUCUCUUCUUAGCGCUCGUUGUCUUCCUCUCCUUCUAUAUCUUGAGAUCCUUCUCUCCAACCGUUAAUUACUUGGUUUCAGUUACCGGUUCCGGUGCUCUCUUAGCCCUGUUCUCUACCGGUUCCCGAUAACUGCCAUUCCUUUCAUAUGUUUUGAAAUAAAUUUUUUGUUUUAAACUCGACUAA